AUGCCGUGGCUCCCUGACAGCUUCUGCUUCGUGGGCAGCCCGCAGACGCCCCGCGACUGCAGCCGCGUGCCCGCGCGCGUGAGCGCCGAGUACCUCGAGCGAUGCGGGCCCAAGGACUCUGAUGUGCCCUUCAACGGCGGGGCGGCCUCCGGCCCUGGUGCCACCGUCGAGUUCAAGAAGCGCCCCUUCGGCAUCCUUCGCUACCAGCCAGGCGAGGGCAUGAAGGGUGCCAUGGCCAUGGAGAUCAUCCCCAAGUCCCGCUACCCGGGCGACCCCCAGGGCCAGGCCUUCGCAUCAGGUGUGCAGAGCGGCUGGGUUGUGCAGUCCAUCAACGGCAUGAACGUCCAGAACGAGGACUUCGGCAAGAUCAUGGACAUGCUGGACGACGAGGUUGCGGACCCUCGGUUCUCUAAGUCCACGGCCUUGGCCCUGGAGAAGCAGGGUGGCCGCAUGGCCGAGCCCGUGGAGGCACCUCUGUCUGUGGUCUUCUCCUCCAUCCCAGGCUACGUUUACAAGGGCGCUCAGUUGACGGAGGAUGGCCAGGUGCCGAUUCCGGGCUUUCAGUUUCGCAAGAUCCCCCUGGAGCUGUUGACGUUUGGUUUCGGUGGCCUCGCAGAGAGCGAUGCGACGAAGAGUGCCAUCACCGGGUUUCCGUUCACCACGGACAACACCGUCUCUUUGCAGUUGGGCUUCCCUCGCAUUGGCGGUGGCUUCCGGCUCGGCCUGGAGGACCCUGCUCUGAGUGCGGAGGGGGCGGACAGCACACAGCAGCUGCUCUCCAUGGGCUACCAGCAGCGGCUUCCAGGUGGCGGUCAGCUCGCCUCGUGGCUGAAAACCACAGGCGAGUGGGGUGCCGCCUUCCGCCACGAGGUGGAGGACAUCGGAAUUGUCACCGGCGGGUUGAACUCGCAGUUGGAUUGGAAUCUGGACCUGAACACGCUGGGCAUGAGGGCAUGUGCACUGCACCAAAGAAGUCCAAACAUGCUGCUUCCACUUCUGAAAGUUAAAGGCUUCACUCCCAGUGUAUCAUAUGGCGCCACGCAGGACGGCAUGCGUGUGAAUGCCCGCGUGGACAAAGACAUCUCCAAGCGUUGGCAUACGAGCUACACAGUGCAGAACAUCCCGGGGAAGUACUCGCCUGUGGACUUUGUACAUGAUGGUGUGGUCCGGUUCGCAUCAGGACCACACUCUCUGCAGGCAACUGCAAGCUACGACCGCCAGCUUUUGAAGAAACCUUUGCAAGGAUCCAUGUCAUACACGUUCCAGAAGAGGCGGAUGGCGCUCCGGGCUUUGUUGGAUUCCCAGCGCUAUCAGCUCGCGCUGCAAGCGGGUCCUGCACAGGCGGGUGCCGCAGUUCCCAGGAAGAAGCAGGACCAGUUAGGCAGCCAAGGCUAUCGCUUGCCAGCCUUGGCCAUUCUUCAAGAGGCGCGGGAGUUCGUGCAGCCGCUGGCCUUGUAUAUGUGCAAGGAUAACAGCGACCGGAAAUUCACCUUUAUGGUUUUCAUGGUCGUGGUGGGUGUCUUUGAGAUGCAGCAGUCAUAUUCACGAUGGGAUUCAAGGGAUACAUCGUAUGUUGCUGUGCUGCCGGGGAAGUGCGAGCUCGGGGAGGCGGGAGGGUCGGCCACGGACUGCUUCCGGGCGGCGAGUGCGGCGAGCCUCGCGACCACCGCUGCAGCUCUUGGAGCUUCGGCCUCUCUGGGCUCCGUUUGCCCCCGAUUGAACGGAGGCUCUAGUGCAGACUCGAAUGCCACUGUGCUUUCCACCAAACUGCUGUUGGAGAUGAACUGCAGCGGAUCCAUGUUCAGAAAGACUGCCGGCCGAGGCGCAGAAAUCCAGACGGCGGAAGCGCAAGUCGUCUCUCAGCAGAACCGCACGUGCAGUGGGCAGUUGGUGAUCGGAGGUGGCGCGAACUCCGAACAGUUGCAAACGCCACUGUUGGAGCCCCCUCAGCAUCUCUUAAGGCUGUCCAAGUCGUCCACUGCGGGUAGCACUACGUGCCCGCUGAGCUCUGCAGGCACUCUUACAGGCGCCGUUUGCAUAGGCACCUUGUUUCAGGGCAAGAAGAUGGGUUCCGUUUGGAUGGCAACCGACCGCCACACAGGCCAGAAGAUGGCUGUCAAAGAGGUGCUUUUGGACACCACCGAGGAGGGAGAGAAGCGAGCUCCGCUCUGCGUGGACCGCGAGGUUUCCCUCUACAGGACGGACCUCCCGAUCCGGGUUUGGGGAGUUCAGUGGCCCAGGAACCAACUACUUUCGCAGAUCGGUGCUUUCGAUGAGCCUGACAUCGCAACCUACUCGCGCCAGGUGCUGGAGGCGCUUCACUACCUGCACACUCGAAAGCCCUCCAUCCUGCACAGGGAUGUCAAGACGGCCAACAUCCUUCUAGGUGUGGACGGCAUUGUGAAGCUGGCAGACUUCGGAUGCUCGAAGCGUGCAUCAGGAAAUGCUGUGCACACCCUCCGAGGUUCUGUCCAGUGGAUGGCGCCGGAAGUGGUUAAUCAGCAGCCCUACGGGCGCAAAGCCGACAUCUGGAGCUUUGGCUGUGUCCUCAUCGAAAUGCUUACAACCCGACCUCCGUGGGGCCACUUCGAGACCAAUGUUGCCGCCAUUAUUCAUGUGGCAACCAGCAAGGAGUUGCUACCGAAAAUGGAGUCAAAAGGCAAGCCCGGAGCUCCGGGCACUGAUUUCCUGCUGCACGCGGCUCACUCCAAAGGAGCGCCCAUCCGCGAGGCAGCUGAUGCAGUAUCCGUUCUUCGAGAGCUGGGAUGCUGUCCCAACGCUAAUCACCUGAUCGGACAGACGCGCGUGGUUAGCACGCUGAGGAGACGCUGUGGAGAGACU